AUAGAAAGCAGAUGGAGUCCCUCAAAAUUAUGAGAAGAUGGAGUCGAAAAAUGAAAGCGUUGGGAUGAGUCGGCCUCUUGCAAAUUAUCACCCAAAUGUAUGGGGAGACCGCUUCCUGGUCUACACCCCCGACCCAUGCACGGGUGGUGAAAAAGAUUUGGUUGAGAAGCUAAAGGAGGAAGUGAAAGGGGAGCUAAAUGAAGCAUCAAACGACGUCGUAAGGCUACUGAAGUUGGUGGAUGCGAUACAAAGAUUAGGCAUCGAGUAUCAUUUUGAGGAGGAGAUCCACCCAGCUCUCUCCCAUAUUUUUCUACAUUUUUGCAAUGAUGAACAUGACUAUGAUUUGUACACCACUACCCUUGCUUUCCACCUCCUCAGGCAACAUGGAUACACAAUUUCAUCUAGAAUGUUGGACAAGUUUAAGGAUGCCGAAGAAGGCGGUUUGAAGGCUCCCCAGGACAUUAUGGGAAUCCUCGAAUAUUUUGAGGCGACGCAUCUGAGAGUCAAGGGCGAAGAUAUUCUGGACGAUGGGUACGUUUCUAGUCGGAAACUUCUAGAGUCGGCUCUGCCGUGUCUGAGCAAUCCCAUAGCUGAACAAGUCGAUCACGCGCUGCACCAACACUCUAAUCGGAGAGGGCUCACACGUGUGGAGGCCAGGCACUACAUCUCCAUCUACGCCCAAUACGCCUCUCAUCAUCCAAAACUGCUCGCUCUUGCUAAGUUGGAUUUCAACCUGCUGCAGGCUAUGCACAAACACGAGUUGAGCGACCUCUCUAGGUGGUGGAAAGAUUUGGAGGUUCCAACAAAAUUAUUUUACGCAAGAGAUCGAAUGGUUGAGAGCUAUUUUUGGAUAUUGGGAGUCUAUUUCGAACCAAAAUUUGCUAAGGCUAGAAACUUUUUGACCAAAAUUCUAGCAAUAUCGUCAAUUAUUGAUGAUACUUUCGACGCGUAUGCUACUUUCGAUGAAUUGCAACUCUUCAUGGUAGCAAUGGAAGGGUGGAGCUUAUCAUGUUUGGACAAACUUCCCGACUAUAUGAAGGAUUUUUACAAGGCACUCUUGGAAACCUUUCAAGAAAUUGAGGAAUAUAUGAUCAAAGAGGGAACUUCAUAUCGCCUCAGCUAUGGAAUUGAAGCAAUGAAAGUCAUCGCUCGAAACUAUUUUGCUGAGGUUAAAUGGAGGGAAGAAAAGUACAAACCCACAAGCGAGGAGUACAUGCAGAUUGCAACGGCUAGUUGUGCGUAUACGUCAAUGAUAAUUUGCUCAUUUCUUGGUAUGGGAGAUAGUGUGACAAAAGAGGCCUUCGAUUUCGUGCUAUCUAAGCCUGAUAUUGUGAAAGCUGCCUUAAUUAUUUGCAGGUUAACUGAUGACAUUGUGGGACAUGAGUUUGAGAGAAAAAGAGAGCACAUACCUUCAAUAGUGGAGUGCUACACAGAAGAGCACAACACAUCAAAAACAGAAGCAGUUUAUGAAUUCCAAAAGCGGAUUGAGGCAGCGUGGAAGGACAUAAAUGAGGCCUUCCUCAAACCAACUAAAAUUCCGACCCCUCCACUUUAUCGUAUUCUCAAUUUCACCCGUAUAAUUGAGGUUAUUUACAGCAAGGGCGAUUGGUACACACAUGUAGGUCCUGAAAUGCAAAGUUUCAUCACCCAGCUUCUCAUCGAGCCCGUCCCGUCAAAUUAGAUCUUUUCAUUUUUAUUUUUGUUUGGGUGUUCUAUUUUGUAUCUAGAUCUAGAUAAUAACAUCAUAUAAGUAUUUGUAGUAAUAUUUCAAUUGAGAUUUUGUGAGAUGAUUCUCAUGCCAACUA